AACUUGAGGUAAUACUAUGGUAAUACCUCUAGCAGGACAGGUAGGGGGUUGAGACUGAUCUGAACUGGGUCAGGGGUCAAACUGCCUACGUCACAAGCUCCUAAGAUGGCGUUUUGAUGACGACGGGAGAAGUAAGGACCCCUGCCCUUGUUUAAAAGUGACACCAAUGCAAAACAUCAAGGGUAGGCGAUGGAGCUCCCCAACUACGCCAGUCAACUGCUUCUCCAGCUCAAUCAACAACGCUCCAAGGGCUUCUUGUGCGAUGUCAUCAUCAUGGUUGAGAAUACGCUCUUCCGAGCCCACAAAAGUGUCCUCGCUGCCACCAGCCACUACUUUAAGUCUCUUGUCCUUCAUGAUAACCUCAUCCACCUCGACCCUGAUAUGGUGGAUCCAGCUGUUUUCCAGCAAAUUCUGGAUUUCAUUUACACCGGCAGAUUGUCAGAUGAGACUUUUGAGGGUCUGGACUUGAGCUCUCUGCUCACCACAGCUAACUUUCUUCAGCUCAAUGACCUCGCAAACCUGUGCUCCAGUAAGAUGAACCAAAAUGGAUCCCUCAAUAGUGUAGCUGGUGGGAGCUCCAAAUCUUCAUUUCGCCUGUACGAAGACCACUCAUCAGACACUGAAACAUACACGUGUAUGACUCCUCCCAAAAAAAGGCAUAAUGCUGAAAGUAAAUGUAUUGCAAGGAAAAAGCAGGAAUUGGGGUUGGAUUUGUCUAAGAAAAAUUUUCAUUCUGAGACAACAGUCAAUGAUGAGUUUUUUCUUUCUAGAAACAUCUCCAACAAUAUGCAGCUGGGAAUAAAUGGGAAGUGUGUUCCAAAGAAAGAGAAGUGGAUAAUUCCUUUGGAUGGAGCUCAGGAAAGAAAAAGGGAGGGAUCCCGAAGAAAAUCCAAGGUCAAUGGUUACAUUCCUCUUAGCAGGGUUGGAAGUCAACUAAGCCAGAAUCAGACUUUCACUUUACAGUUGUCUGUAAAGAAAGAGAAAGGAAUUGGAGGGAAAAAAGAUGAAACUGACGGCCAAAAACCAAACAAUGGCAGCACCAAUUUUGUAUACCAAAAGGAGACCUUUCUCAAAGAAGCUGAAGGGGACAACCCUUACGUUUGUAUACCAUGUGAAAAGGGUUUUCCCUCCUCUGAGAGUCUCAAGUCCCAUGUGGAAAGUCAUUUGGAUGAAGACCUUGAUGUGAAGGUUGAGGAUGAGGAGGAAGAGGAACGCGAUGGAGACGCUGGAGUCACCAGAGUCUCGCAUGAAGCUGCCGAAAGCCUGGAGCAAAGUCCGCUAAAGUCGCUCAAAGAUGUUGACACGUUGCGUCCAUUCCCUUGCAACAUUUGCGGCAAGAUGUUCACACAGCGCGGUACUAUGACCCGCCACAUGCGCAGCCACCUCGGCCUAAAGCCAUUUGCAUGUGAGGAGUGUGGUAUGCGCUUCACCAGGCAGUACCGUCUCACUGAACACAUGCGUGUCCAUUCAGGGGAGAAACCGUAUGAGUGCCAGGUCUGUGGUGGGAAAUUUACGCAACAAAGAAACCUCAUUAGUCACAUGCGGAUGCAUACCUCAGCAUCUUAGAACAGGUCAAAGAGCCCUAAACUUGGAUAAUGCAGAUACCAACAGUUCUCCAGAGUGCUUUGGUUUAGGUUCUUUUAACUAGGGUUCAGUUUUCCAACAAGUUCUCCAGAACACUACAAAGUUCCAGCUAGAUCUUCUUUACAGAGGUUUUUUUAUUAGCUAAUUUCAUCCAAAAAAGUUCUAGAAUUCUAAAAAGAGUCCUCUAGCUCAAAAAGGAAACCACUGUAGUCUAAUCUAGGGUAAUGUUUUGGCCACAAAUCUUAGAACUUAAAUUUUUUUCUGCAGUUUACUUUUUGAUCUAAUUUAGGGUUUAGUUUCAGCCAUAAAUUCUUACACUGUCAGUCCAAAUCCUAUUAUUUGUGUAUCCAAAUUGGAAUCCAAAUUAGUGACUGUCCAUACUGUGCAUCACAACUGUUUGGAUCUGAUUUGUGUGUCCCGUGGCUCUUUCGUUUACUGGAAUAUCUGCAUUGGUUUCUAUGACAAUGACAUUGAGUUAGUAGGCAUACGCCAAAAACAACAGCAACAUGGAGCAGUUUGCAAUACAGAUGUUGUCUUAUGUACAGCAUGACAAUUUGUAGCCGGUGCGCAGGACUACUGCAUCUUAUGAGGCAGCGGCAGAUAUGUAGGAGGCUGAUAUGAGCGGCUUUGUUCCGUGUUGUCGUCUCCACCGGUCUCAAAACAUGUCUCCAUUAUAUUGUCACUUUCUGCUCGUCCAGCACUUUGCAACAACACAACUUUGUUUCUGCAGCGACUUUCAGUAUGUUUCUUAUAACAAUGUGUUUACAAAUAGGCUCGGAUUCUAAUCGGAUAUCCACAAAAAUCGGAUUUAGACUGACAUUCUGAACAAGGCUUAGGAGUAGCCAACUUGGAGGGCUGCCUUCCUGCAGACUUGGGUUUCAACCCUGCUCCAAUCAACUGAUUAUCUGGAUCAGGUGCAUUUAAUUAGGGUUGAUUAGCCCUGAAGGAGCAGGGUUCCUCAAAUCUGGCCCUGGAGGGCUGCUGCCCUGCAGAGUUAAGCUCAAACCCUGGUCAACCUCACCUACUUGUAAUUGAAGACCUUAAUUGGAUUGUUCACGUGUCCUUGUUUAGGGAUUGAGCUAAACUGGGCAGUGGUCUUCCAGAGCCGGAUUUGAGGAACCCUGAUCUAGAGUAGGGGAGCAAAACUCUGUUCCUGCAGAGUUUAGCUUCAACUCUAAUUAAAUGCACCUGAUCAAGCUAAUCAAGUCAUUCAGCAUUAUUUGGUAUGUGUGUUUGAGCAGGGUUGGGACUAAACAAGGGGUGUCCAAACUCAGUCCUGGAGGGCCACUGUCCUGCAGAGUUUAGCUCCAACUUGCCUCAACUCACCUGCUUGGAAGUUUCUAGUAUGGGUUGGAGCUAAACUCUGCAGGACAGUGGCCCUCCAUGAGCAGGAUUGGACACCCCUGGACUAAACACUGCAGGACUGCGGCCCUCCAGGAGCUGAGUUUGGCACCCCUGAUGUAGAGGGUUCUUUGUAGAAUUCUAAGAAUUUGUGGCCAAAAUGGAACUCCAGAUUAUCUCAAAAGGAAACCUCUGUACACUAUUCAAGGGUUCAGGUUUGGCCACAAAUCCUCUAGAACUCUAUAUGAAGAUGGAUUUAGUUUACCUUUUGAGCUAAUCUAGUAUUCAGUUUGGAUCACAAGUCCUUUAGGAUUCUACAAAAGAAUCCUCUUACUCUACACUCAUUUCCUUUUUGAGCAAAUCUAGGGUUCAUUUUCACCCACAAAUUCUACAAAGAUUCUUCUAUGCUGCAAAUGAAACUUCUGUAGAGAAGAUCUAGAGCAUUAUUUUUAGCAUUCUUUUUCUACUCUCAAAAAGAAGACCGCUGUUGUCUAAACUAGGGUUCAGUAAGGUUUCUCUACAGUUGACUUUUUUUAUAUAGUUAAUCUAGAGUUCAGUUUUUCCUGCAAAUCCUCUAGAAUGCUACAAAGAAUUAUUUUGAUCUUCGUAGAAGUAUGGCGAUGCCAUUUCCUGAUAAGUAUAAAAAUGCCAACUUCAGCCAAUACCUGCUGUUAUACCUCUUUCUAUAAACCUUCUUAUUCUUCUUGUGCAUGAGUUAUUGUUAUUGUUAGUGUGUAGCUAAACAAAUAUCAAGUUUAUCCACUUAGUGAUGUAGUUUGUUCUAUUAAAACGAAAAUUACCUCAAAUAGCUAGUAAUUCUCUCAGAACUGAAACAACCGAAUGUUCCUGGUGAUGCCAGGUAUUUUACAGCAGUGACUUGCGAUACCUCUCGAAUGUAAUUUAGGAAUUGUGAUAUAGUUUAGGCUUCAGAAACGCACCGCUAUAAAAAAAGCUAUCUGGUUGUUUACUUGAAUACACAAACUUGCUACCUCAGAUUAAACCAAACCCUCUGAUUAGCCUGUAUGAGAUUUAAGACUACAUUGGACAAGAUAAACUACGUGUUGUCUUCCAUAAUUAAGUCACUCUGUCUAGAUUAAUUAAUGAGCUUAAACUGACAUCUGAUCCAGAACAGAGGAAAACACACUGCCUGUUUUAAUGUACACUUUUCAGGGGGUCGGGUAAUACUUCACUGUAGGGUUGCGAUCUGAGCUGGUGAAGUCAUAUUGCUUGAGCAAUUAGGGUGUUUUGAUGUACAGUUCCAAAGAAAUAUUGAAUGUUGAAAUGCUGAAGAAAUACUGUAAAACUAUAUAACCAAAUCUAUAUUCUUGCUAAAUAUUUAAGUCUAAUUUAUGCUUCUUUCAAUUCAGGUUUAUAUUAUAAUCAUUUUUCUUUUUUUUUCAGGGGUUUUCCUUUGGGUUUUUUGUUUUAUUAUUAUUUCCCAAUGCUUCAACCAAUGGCUUAAUUUAUGCAGCAUGUUGUCCAUAUUUUCUUGUGGCAUGUGCAUUGUUCUUAUGAAUUUAAAAAUGUUAGGUUUAGCAGAUUGCAUUCACGCAUUUAGUGUUGAAAUGAGACCAAAAGCUUAAAGUCAAAACCUACUGUAAAUAUCUUUGGGUAUCUUAAUGUAAAUGACAUUUUAUUGUUAUCAGUUGAUAUAUUACUGAAACUUUUACUUGUUCAGAUAUGAAAUGAUUUUCUUACUGUGUUUGAAUAUCUCUAAACCAUGUUUAUUUUAAACUACCUCUGGUUGGGUAUUUUGAACAUUGUACCACAGGUUUUCAUCAUGCUGGAGGGCUUUUUAAACAAUACCUAAUUUUGAGUUUGUUUUGUAGCUGGUCGUCUGUUCUGGUAAUAUCAAAAAGGGUACUUUAAAUAAUAGAUCAAUUUGUCGAAUUAUUAUUUAAUUUGCUGAAUUGCCAUUACAGGCACUCUUUGUUCAGUUUGUGCUUGCUUUUUUUCCCUUUCUUUUUGCUUUAUAUUGAGAUGAUUAUUUGACAUUGUCUGUAAAUCAAUACAAUUCUAGAAUAUUCAGGAACUUUUUAUUACAUAAUGGGACUUGAAACUGAACUUCAAAACUGUGACAAUACUUUCAUUUGCAUCCUCUGCAAACCUCAGGGAACAUUUUAGGGACACAUCCCAAUGAACUUUUUGAACCAUAAAGCGCCAUUAAUCAAUGUUUUUGCAGCUUUUUUUUUUGUUUGUUUGUUUGUUUUUUUUAUUCUCUACAACUAACACAAUGCGCCUUCAGAAGGUUAGGCAGCUCUUUCCAUAAGCAGUACAGGUUUGUGUGUGUACAUGUAUGGUUUUGAUGUGGUUUUCAAAUGCUUUUGAAAUGUCAAGUACUUUGUUCAGAAAUAAUGAUACUAAAGUAUUUGCAACCUGUUUAUGAAAACCAAAGCACAUUUUCACUCUUUGAAGAAUUUAAGGUCCUGUUGUGAGUAACAUUGUUCUCAGUUAUGACAUGAAAUAAAAUUAAAUGCUGAUCAAAUAACUGCA